AUGUCGGGCAUCUGCAGAAAUCGCCUAGCGGAAGAGCGCAAGCAAUGGCGCAAAGACCACCCGUUUGGCUUCUACGCACGUCCAGCAAAGGCGACAGAUGGAUCGCUCGAUAUCAUGAACUGGGAAGUUGGCAUUCCCGGCAAGGCAAAUACGCCAUGGGAAGGAGGCCUUUACAAACUACGAAUGAUCUUCCCCGAAGAAUACCCAAGCAAACCACCUAAAUGCAAGUUCACGCCACCGCUUUUUCACCCCAACGUGUUUCCCUCUGGUACAGUCUGCCUCAGCAUCUUGGACGAGGACAAAGGCUGGAAGCCUGCCAUCACGAUCAAGCAGAUCUUGUUGGGCAUCCAGGACCUGCUCAACGAUCCCAACCCGCAUGACCCCGCUCAGAGCGAGGCGUUUACCAUGUUUCAAAAAGAUGCUGCGGCGUACGAGAGGAGGGUGCGACAGCAGGCACGCGAGAUGGCUACCCCUGCGUAA